CAAAGGCAUCUCCUUUUCCCAUAGAGAUGGAGGACACGCAACGCAACGCAACGCAAAGGUCAUCCCAAUGCGCUCAUCGAGCCCAACCGGCUCGAGUGGUCGAGCCCAACCGGGCUCGACAACGACCCGAACCAAACAAAGCUCUACGAUGCGACGAACGCGCACGCUCGCCGAGUCGAGUAGCGGAGUAACGUACUGUGCUAGGCUAGACGCCGCGCCCCCACAGCGCAGGGGAGGAGUGCGAGCGAAUGAGCGAGGAGGCGGCGGCGCGGGCGGGAGUGGAGGAGUCCAUCGGGAGGCGGCGGGAUGGGCGUGGGGAGGCGGCGACAGCGACGGCGGCGGCGGCGGCGGGGCGGGUUUGGGAGUUCGAGCGGGAUCUGGUGGCGGGGGCGGUGAUGGGGGGCGCGGUGCACACGGUGGUGGCGCCCAUCGAGCGCGUCAAGCUGCUGCUGCAGACGCAGGACGGCAACGCGGCGCUGCUGGGCCGGGCGCGCAGGUUCCGGGGCUUCGCCGACUGCGUCGCGCGGACGGUGCGGGACGAGGGGGUGCUCUCGCUCUGGCGCGGCAACGGCACGGCAGUCAUCCGGUACUACCCCUCCGUCGCCCUCAACUUCUCGCUCAAGGAUUUGUACAGAAGCAUACUGAAAGACGCAGGAACCUCAGCAGACAAUAAGUUCACAUCUAUUGCUCUUACAAACUUCGUUGCUGGUGCUGCUGCCGGAUGUACCACCCUGGUCAUCAUUUAUCCGCUUGACAUUGCUCAUACUCGUCUUGCAGCCGAUAUUGGCCGGACAGACACCCGCCAGUUCAGAGGCAUUCGCCACUUCAUCCAAACCAUUUACAAGAAAAAUGGCAUCCGAGGCAUAUACAGGGGAUUACCAGCGUCGCUCCAAGGGAUGGUCGUUCACCGGGGCCUGUAUUUUGGAGGUUUCGACACUGCCAAGGAUGUGCUGGUGCCUCUAGACUCCCCGUUGUGGCAGCGCUGGGUUGCAGCGCAGGCCGUCACUUCCAUGGCAGGGCUCAUCUCGUACCCGUUGGAUACCGUGCGGCGGAGGAUGAUGAUGCAGUCGGGGAUGGAGGUGCAAAUGUAUAGUAGCAUCCUCGAUUGCUGGAGGAAGAUAUACAAACUGGAGGGGGUCAGGUCGUUCUACCGCGGUGCGCUAUCUAACAUUUUUAGGAGCACUGGUGCGGCUGCCAUACUCGUUUUGUAUGAUGAGGUCAAGAAGUUUAUGGACAGGGGUAGGGUGUGACAGAUAUAGAGGGCGUUGUUCACAAAUUUUUGGAUUCAAGAUGGGAAAUGGGAUUAGGCCAAAGGUACAGGGAGCAGCAGCUCGAGCAUUUUGUAACUGGAUGCUGAUUGAUUUCCUCCUGCUUACUAACCAGCUGGAUGUAACUUGGCAUGAACAAUGUAGUUUGUUCAUUUCGUGUUAUGGGUAGAUCUUGUUCUGUUUUGCA